AUGAAGUAGAAUAAAUUGACUUCGAAAUCCAAAAAUUUGAAUAGAACCUCAUGCAAUUUUCAGGACAAUUACAAUUCAUUUAAUGUCUAGGACUAAUAGUCAAAUAUACCUGAUGCUGAAUUUGAGAGUCUUAGUGGAUUGCUUCGAUCUUUGAAUACAAUUAUAAACAAGAUAAUUAAUUACUUUUCACACAGACUCACAAGAUUUGUUAACUCAAUUUUUCAGAGGUUUUCAAAGAAUUCUAAUACUUGUCAGAUUACACAUUCACAUAAAAUUUAUAACAUGAUAAUGGAAAAAAAGAAUAUCAAGGAAUUUCAAAUCUAUUUAGAUAAGAGAGUUAAGAUUUUGUGUAAUAUUAUACAUUCAAAUGUUCUCAACGAUAAAUUGAUAGAUGAAUCUAAAUUGAGGGAAUUAGUAUUAUAAAAUAGGAUUUCUGAAUAUAUUGAAGAGUUGAUUAACAAAAAAAGGUAUUUCACAGCAUAUAAAUUUAUGAAUGCAUUCUAAUAUGAGACUGUUUCAUAUCAAGAAUUAGUGCAUGAGAUGAAUAUGAAUGAUAUGAAGUUAUAAACUAAGAUUAUAAAGGAGUAACGUUUAGAUAUAGCAGAUAAUCAAAAGGUUGUAAAUCAUUUAAACAACGAAGCUUUGAAAUUUUUUAUUUUUAAAGCGGAACUACCAAUAGAGAAAGUGGAAGAACUAUUCUUAGGAGAUGAUAGCAAAUUGUAAUUUUUGGUUGAGAACUAUUAUAAAACAAAUAAAGAAAUGACUGUUGAAAUAGCAAAAAGAAAUAAUAUCAAAGUGUAAGAUCCUUUGAUUUAAAGGGAGAUUGAUGAUUGCAAUUGUGUUAGUCAAAAUGCAUUAUUACAAAAUGAUGCCUUCUUGCCAUCAGAGAUAAUAUUACAGCCGAAGAAAAUUGAUCAGUAUGUACGUCUAAGUGAUUUCAAAAUUUUUAACGAAGAUGUUGUUUUGAUUGAGGAUGAAGAAGCAUUGGAUGAUGAAAUCAUAGAUCAAAUUUUAAAGGCAUCUUAAACUGGGAUUGAUACAGAAAGUUAUUAAGAUAUUCCUCAAAAUACAUUUUCAGCUAAAAAUUAAGUUUGUUUAUUUUAGAUAGCUUUACCAAAUAAGAUUUACUUAUUGAACACAACUAAUCUUGUGAAUAGUAUCAAGUAUCAACAGUUUCUGGUGUAAUAUGCAAGUAGUGAUUGCUUAAAAAUUGGAUAAAAUAUCAAAAUGGAUUUUUUGUGUUUAUUAGUUUAGAUUGGAAAAUAGGAUGUAGAUUUAAGGAACUUUAUUGAGUUAUCUCAGUUGUUUAGAUAGAAAUAUCCAGAUGAAAAGAAGACUAAUUUAUCAUUCUAAUGUUAAAGGUUAUUGGGGAAAGAAUUGGAUAAAGUAGAAUAAAUAUCACAUUGGCAAAAGAGACCAUUAAGAAGUGCUUAAAUUCAUUAUGCAGCACUGGAUGCUAUCAUUUGUUUGCAUCUUUAUAAUCACUAUAUACAAUGA